AUGUCUCCCGUCAUCCUAGGAUGGCCGCACACCAGCCCUACAGCAGCAGCAGCAGCAGCAGCAGCAACAGCAGCAGCAGCAGCACCAGCAGCAGCAACGGUCGCUGCGUGCGGUUUAAGACAUCAUCUAGCUACAGCAGCAGCAGCAUCUGCUGCUGCUGCUGCUGCUGCUGCAGCAGCAGCAGAAAAGGGAGAGCAAACGGCCAGCAGCUCUAAGCAGCCGAAGAAGCAGAAGAAGCAGCUGCAAAAGCAGAAGGCAGCAGCAGCAGCAGCCGCUGCUGCUGCUCCUGCUGCUGCUCCUGCAGCAGCAGCAGCACCCGCAGCAGCAGCAGCAGCAGCAGGUUCAUCAGAAAAGCAGCAAGAUGUAGAAGCACCAGCAGCAGCAGCAAAAGCAGCAGCACGUGCAUCGACGAGAAGGAAGGUCACGGCACCAAAGGCUGCUGCAGCAGCUGCUGCUGAUGCAGCAGCAGCAGCAGCAGCAGCAGCCCCUGAACCGGCAGCAGCAACAGCAGCCGCCCCAGCAGCAGGAUCACCUCCAGCAGCAGCAGCAGCAGCAGCACCCCCAGUAGCACCCCCAGCAGCAGCAGGAGCAGCAGCAGGAGCAGCACCCCCAGCAGCACCCGCAGCAGCAGCAGGAGCAGCAGCAGCAGCAGCAAAAUUAUCUGUGUAUGAGCGUUUUCCUUCUAUGGCAGCAGCAGCAGCAGAGCCGCAGCUGAAGGAGUGCCUUCAUCGCUUUGCUGCUGCAGCAGCAGCACACAACAAAAAAACAGGAGCUCUAGCCUGGGCGGUUUACGAGGGUUUCCCUCCUAGGUCCCGCAUCAAGAUAGGAGAUGAAUACUCAAAGGGUUUAUGGGGUUGA